AUGGGAAACUAAAAUGCUAAUGGGUUUGAUCACUCAACACAAAGUGGUUUAUAUAUUCGUACUGAUAAACCAUUUUAUUUUGCAGGUGAAUAAGUUCAAGGUAUAUUUAAUCAUUUAUUUAGGCAAUAUUUACUUGAAUGUUGGAGGAGGAGCUUUCCCCAGUUCGACAAUUUAUUUGAAAGUGAAAGGAUCUGAAAAAGCAAAAUGGUCAGAAACAAAAACUGUAUGGGAAGAUGUACCAGGAACUAAUCCUCCAUAAAGAAAAUCAAAAUAAGUUACAGAACAUUUUGAUAAUGAAAAUGAAUUUUAUCAACAUAAAAUACCAGUUUACAUAUUUUAAUAAGGGUAUUUAUUGAAAUCAUAAAUAGUAUGAUUCCAUAAGGACAAUAUACAUUUCCUUUUAAUUUCAAAUUAAAAGAAAAUUUACCAGGUUCUUUUGAAUACUAAGAAAAAGACUUAGAAUGUCGAAUAAGAUAUAGUGUUAAGGCUGAAAUAGAUUCACCAAAUAAAACAUUAGAUAAAAUUAAAUAUAAAUAAGAAUUUCUUGUCAGAGAACCUAUUAAGGAAUAGAUUAAUUAAAAUGAAGGAUAGUAGGUUUUGUAGCCAACAUCUUGUUGCUGCAUUCCAUUGGGAGUAAGUUUAAUUAAAUAUAAUUAUAGACUAUUCUAUUCAAAUUUCAGUUUGAUAAAUCAGCUUAUCAACCUGGUGAAGUUGCUUAAUUACAAGUAGAAAUUGAUAAUUCUUAAUCAAAAGUUAGCAUACCCACUAUUACAGGUAGACUGACAAAUACAUUAAGAAUUGUGAGUAAAUAAGGUCACACUAGAUUGAUUUUUAGAUCUUGUGGUAGUUCUAUGAUUCCAGGACUUCAACCAGGUUAAUCUGCAUUAAAUGAUCAAAAAAAGAAUAUGACCUUAUCAUUGGUUGAUUAAGGAAAACAUAAACCUUUGGAUCCUACUACAAAUGGAAAGGUUGUGAUGAAUAAUUAUUAACUUUCUGCUUCUGGAGAAUUGGAUGGAAUAUGUUUAUGUUGUACAUAGACUCCUGGAAUAGAACUUCCUAUUAGAAUAGUUGCUAAGCCAAUACCAAGUUAUGAUUAACCAGUUGUUGCUCCUUCUGGAUGGAAUCCUCAAGUUAUGAAUGUAAAUAAUAAAUUUAUUAAUUAAUUUAGCCUGUAUCUGUUCAAUUUGAUGAUACUUACAAAUAUCAACCUGCAACUGGUGGAGUUUUGGUUCCUGCUUAAAAUCAGAAUCCAUAAGGAUAUCAAAAUCCUAAUUAGCCAUAUUACGGAUGA